CCGCCCCUGUCCCGCCGACGCCCCGCCCCCGCCCCGCCCCCGGCUCGCCUCCCGCUUCCGAGGCGCCCCGCUCUCCUGGCGGGGCGGCGGAGGGGGCGGGCUGGCCGGCGCACGGUGAUGUGGCGGGACUCUUUGUGCACUGCGGCAGGAUACGCGCUUGGGCGUCGGGACGCGGCUGCGCUCAGCUCUCUCCUCUCGGAAGCUGCAGCCAUGAUGGAAGUUUGAGAGUUGAGCCGCUGUGAGGCCAGGCCCCGGCGCAGGCGAGGGAGAUGAGAGACGGCGGCGGCCGCGGCCCAGAGCCCCUCUCAGCGCCUGUGAGCAGCCGCGGGGGCAGCGCCCUCGGGGAGCCGGCCGGGCGGCGGCGGCGGCAGCGGCAGCGGCGGCGGGCCUCGCCUCCUCGUCGUCUGUUCUAAGCGGGCAGCCUCUGAGCAGCUUCGGAGAGAGACCGUGGAAGCCGUGGGCUCGGGCGGGAGCCGGCGCAGGCUCGGCGGCUGCACCUCCCGCUCCUGGAGUGGGGGGGAGAAGCGGCGGCGGCGGCCGCGGCUCCGGGGAGGGGGUCGGAGUCGCCUGUCACCAUUGCCAGGGCUGGGAACGCCGGAGAGUUGCUCUCUCCCCUUCUCCUGCCUCCAACACGGCGGCGGCGGCGGCGGCACGUCCAGGGACCCGGGCCGGUGUUGAGCCUCCCGUCCGCCGCCGCCGCACCCCCCCUGGCCCGGGCUCCGGAGGCCGCCGGAGGAGGCAGCCGCUGCGAGGAUUAUCCGUCUUCUCCCCAUUCCGCUGCCUCGGCUGCCAGGCCUCUGGCUGCUGAGGAGAAGCAGGCCCAGUCGCUGCAACCAUCCAGCAGCAGCCGCCGCAGCAGCCAUUACCCGGCUGCGGUCCAGGGCCAAGCGGCAGCAGAGCGAGGGGCAUCAGCGACCGCCAAGUCCAGAGCCAUUUCCAUCCUGCAGAAGAAGCCUCGCCACCAGCAGCUUCUGCCAUCUCUCUCCUCCUUUUUCUUCAGCCACAGGCUCCCAGACAUGACAGCCAUCAUCAAAGAGAUCGUUAGCAGAAACAAAAGGAGAUAUCAAGAGGAUGGAUUCGACUUAGACUUGACCUAUAUUUAUCCAAAUAUUAUUGCUAUGGGAUUUCCUGCAGAAAGACUUGAAGGUGUAUACAGGAACAAUAUUGAUGAUGUAGUAAGGUUUUUGGAUUCAAAGCAUAAAAACCAUUACAAGAUAUACAAUCUAUGUGCUGAGAGACAUUAUGACACCGCCAAAUUUAACUGCAGAGUUGCACAGUAUCCUUUUGAAGACCAUAACCCACCACAGCUAGAACUUAUCAAACCCUUCUGUGAAGAUCUUGACCAAUGGCUAAGUGAAGAUGACAAUCAUGUUGCAGCAAUUCACUGUAAAGCUGGAAAGGGACGGACUGGUGUAAUGAUUUGUGCAUAUUUAUUGCAUCGGGGCAAAUUUUUAAAGGCACAAGAGGCCCUAGAUUUUUAUGGGGAAGUAAGGACCAGAGACAAAAAGGGAGUAACUAUUCCCAGUCAGAGGCGCUAUGUAUAUUAUUAUAGCUACCUGUUAAAGAAUCACCUGGAUUACAGACCAGUGGCACUGUUGUUUCACAAGAUGAUGUUUGAAACUAUUCCAAUGUUCAGUGGCGGAACUUGCAAUCCUCAGUUUGUGGUCUGCCAGCUCAAGGUGAAGAUAUAUUCCUCCAAUUCAGGACCCACUCGACGGGAGGACAAGUUCAUGUACUUUGAGUUCCCUCAGCCAUUGCCUGUGUGUGGUGACAUCAAAGUAGAGUUCUUCCACAAACAGAACAAGAUGCUCAAAAAGGACAAAAUGUUUCACUUUUGGGUAAAUACGUUCUUCAUACCAGGACCAGAGGAAACGUCAGAAAAAGUGGAAAAUGGAAGUCUUUGUGAUCAGGAAAUCGAUAGCAUUUGCAGUAUAGAGCGUGCAGAUAAUGACAAGGAGUAUCUUGUACUCACCCUAACAAAAAACGAUCUUGACAAAGCAAACAAAGACAAGGCCAACCGAUACUUCUCUCCAAAUUUUAAGGUGAAAUUAUACUUUACAAAAACAGUAGAGGAGCCAUCAAAUCCAGAGGCUAGCAGUUCAACUUCUGUGACUCCAGAUGUUAGUGACAAUGAACCUGAUCAUUAUAGAUAUUCUGACACCACUGACUCUGAUCCAGAGAAUGAACCUUUUGAUGAAGAUCAGCAUUCACAAAUUACAAAAGUCUGAUUUUUUUUUUCUUAUCAAGAGGGAUAAAAUACCAUGAAAAAAACUUGAAUAAACUGAAAUGGACCUUUUUUUUUUUUUAAAUGGCAAUAGGACAUUGUGUCAGAUUGCAGUUAUAGGAACAAUUCUCUUCUCCUGACCAAUCUUGUUUUACCCUAUACAUCCACAGGGUUUUGACACUUGUUGUCCAGUUAAAAAAGGUUGUGUAGCUGUGUCAUGUAUAUACCUUUUUGUGUCAAAAGGACAUUUAAAAUUCAAUUAGGAUAAAUAAAAGAUGGCACUUUCCCAUUUUAUUCCAGUUUUAUAAAAAGUGGAGACAGGCUGAUGUGUAUACGUAGGAGUUAUUCCCUUAUUUUCUGUCACCAUCUGAAGUGGCUGAAGAGCUCUGAUUCCUGGGUUCACGUCCUGCCCCUUUGCACUUGUGGCAACAGAUAAGUUUGCAGUUGGCUAAGAGAAGUCUGCAGAGUUUUGCUACAUUCUAAUGCAUGCACUUGGGUUGGGGAAAUGGAGGGAAUGCUCAGAAAGGAAUGUCUCUAGCUGGGCUCUGGACCAUAUACCAUCUCCAGCUCUUUAGAUGCACCUUUCUUUAGCAUGCUCCACUUACUAAUCUGGACAUCCGAGAGAUUGGCUGCUGUCCUGCUGUUUGUUUUUGCGUUUUAAAGAGCAUAUUGGUGCUAGAAAAGGCAGCUAGAGUGAGUACAAUUGUAUUGGGGUACAGGAAUGAACCGUCUACAGCAUCUUAAGAAUCCACAAAUGAAGGGACAUAAAAAUAAGGUGGUCAUAGAUAAGAGACACAGCAACAAUGACUUAACCAUACAGUUGUGGAGGCUUUCAACAAAGAAUGGGCUGGAAACAGAAAAUUUGACAAUGAUUUAUUCAGUGUGCUUUCUCAGUUGUAAUGACUGCUCCAUCUCCCAUGUAAUCAAGGCCAGUGCUGAGAGUCAGAUGCUAUUAGUCCCUACAUCAGUCAGCACCUCACAUUUAUUUUUAUUAAUUUUCAAUCAUAUACCUACUGUGGAUGCUUCAUGUGCUGGCUGCCAGUUUGUUUUUCUCAUUAAAUAUUUUGUAACUCUUCACAGGAAAUUUCAGCUUGCGAUUCAACAGUAAGCAGGUUUUUUUUUCUAGAGAUUGAUGAUGUGCGUCCUCAGUCCAGUGGCUGUCAGACGUCCCACCCCUUUGACCUUACACAUUCUAUUACAAUGAGUUUUGCAGUUUUGCACAUUUUUUAAAUGUCAUUAACUGUUAGGGAAUUUUACUUGAAUACUGAAUACAUAUAAUGUGUAUAUUAAAAAGUCAUUGUUUGUGUUAAAAAAGAAAUUAGAGUUGCAGUAAAUUUUCAGCACUGCACGAAUAAUAAGGCAUUUAAGUUUUUCAGUAGAAAUUGUCCUACAGAUGCUUUAUCGACUUACUAUUGGAAGAAUAGAUCUUCUUAAAUGUGCAGUGUUGAGUCACUUCGUUAUAGUGGUAGAGUUGGGAUUAGGGCUUCAAUUUCACUUCUUAAAUAUCAUUAUAUGUUUGAUAUGCCCAGACUGCAUACAAUUUAAAGCAAGAGUACAACUACUAUUGUAAUGGUAAUGUGAAGAUACUAUUAAAAAGGAUCCCCACCCCCGAAUUUGGUGUCUUUCAAAUUGUAUCUUGACCUUGACAUUUGAAUAUCCAGCCAUUAUAUUUCUUAAUGGUAUGAAGUCCCAUUUUCAAUAACUUAUUGGUGCUGAAAUUGUUCACUAGCUGUGGUCUGACCUAGUUAAUUUACAAGUACAGAUUGCAUAGGACCCACUCGAGAAGCAUUAAUAGUUUGAUGGUAAGUAGAUUAGGCAGAACGUCAUCUAAAAUAUCCUUAGAAAAUAAUGUUGAUGUAUUUUCCAUACCUCAUCAGUUUCACUCAACCAACAAGGUUUUUAAAAUUGUAACCAAGCUCUUAGGAUUCACACAUUUAUACUUAAACAUCGAUACAUGAACAUUGACUGACUGUUGAUAAAGUGAGAAAGUUAGAGACAACUUUUCCUGAGAUCUCACCAUUGAAAUCUGUAGACCCCCCUUGUCUUUCCUAAAAGCUGAAAGUGGCUGACUAAAAUGCAAAGCAGCUGCUGAUGAUUUGGAGAUAGUGAUGAACACUGUUCUUUGUUAGUUUUGGGCACAGCAUGCUAAACUAUAACUUGUAUUGUUCCAAUAUGUAACCCAGAGGGCCAGGUCAUGAAUAAUGACAUUACAAUGGGCUGUUGCACUGUUAAUAUUUUUCCUUUGGAAUGUGAAGGUCUGAAUGAGGGUUUUGAUUUUGAAUGUUUCAGUGUUUUUGAGAAGCCUUGCUUACAUUUUAUGGUGUAGUCAUUGGAAAUGGAAAAAUGGCAUUAUAUAUAUAUUAUAUAUAUAAAUAUAUAUAUUAUACAUACUCUCCUUACUUUAUUUCAGUUACCAUCCCCAUAGAAUUUGACAAGAAUUGCUAUGACUGAAAGGGUUUUGAGUCCUAAUUAAAACUUUAUUUAUGACAGUAUUCACGAUUAGCCUGAAAUGCAUUCUGUAGGUAAUCUCUCCCGUGUUUCUGGAAUGCUCUCUUAGACUUUUGGAUGUGCAGCAGCUUACGUGUCUGAAAUGACUUGAAGGCAUCACCUUUAAGCAGGCUUACAGUUGGGCCCCAUACAUCCCAAGUCCUCUGUAAUUCCUCUUGGACAUUUUUGCCAUAAUUGUAAAAGGGUAGUUGAAUUAAAUAGCGUCACCAUUCUUUGCUGUGGCACAGGUUAUAAACUUAAGUGGAGUUUACCGGCAGCAUCAAAUGUUUCAGCUUUAAAAAUAAAAGUAGGUUACCAGUUACAUGUUUAGUUUUAGAAAAUUUGUGCAAUAUGUUCAUAACGAUGGCUGUGGUUGCCACAAAGUGCCUCGUUUACCUUUAAAUACUGUUAAUGUGUCAUGCAUGCAGAUGGAAGGGGUGGAUCUGUGCACUAAACUGGGGGCUUUUACUCUAGUACUCGGCAGAGUUGCCUUCUACCUGCCAGUUCAAAAGUUCGAUCUGUUUUCAUAUAGAAUAUAUAUACUAAAAAAUCCAGUCUGUAAACCAGCCUUCCCUGAUUCAGCCUCUUCAGAUACUCUUGUGCUGUGCAGCAGUGGCUCUGUGUGUAAAUGCUAUGCACUGAGGAUACACAAAUAUGACGUGUACAGGACAAUGCCUCAUACCAACCAGAUGUCCAUUUGUUACUGUGUUUGUUAACAACCCUUUAUCUCUUAGUGUUAUAAACUCCACUUAAAACUGAUUAAAGUCUCAUUCUUGUCAU